UGUGUGUGGAAACUGGACAGACACUUACAAGCAAUCUUCUUCGCUAAGGAAAUUAUUUCUUAGUAAAAAUUGUUGUGAUGAUUCGCUUCUGGCUGUAUUUGUUCUUUGUGCUCGCGUGUCUCAGUUUCUGGGAACCUGCAGAGACACGAAGAGCGCGAUAUAAACCAGAACCUCCGAAGCCAAAGAAAACCGAGACACAGAAAGCUGUCGAAACACUGGCUCCAGGUCAGAACAUCAACAUUGAUCAGAUGAGUGGCAAGUGGCACCUGCUCACUGUGGCUUCUCGGUGUAAGAAUCUCCUGGAGAGCGGCUUUAAACUGGAGAGCACGAGCCUCACCUGGACCAUCACUGCGGACACUGUGACUGUGAGCACCGUGAGGAAACUCAAUUUCGUGUGCUGGGAGAUCAAGCAGAACUACAUGAAAACGAAAACCCCUGGGCAGCUCUUCCUCAAAGGCAAGAGACCGUCUGAAAAUGUGGACGUAAUGGUGCUCGAGACGGACUACAGCUCCUAUGCUAUGCUGGUUUUUAAGAGAGCAGAGAAAAUUACUAUGAAACUGUAUGGUCGGUCCGGUGAAGUACCUGAUAAUAUAGUGGAUAAAUUUGAGGAUCGAGCGAAGACAUUAAAUUUGGGAUUGGACGUAGUUUUCCAGUUUCCUGACUACGGUUUCUGUGAGUCAGCAGAAAAAGUUCUAGAUCUGACCUAAGACUGACUGGCCAACAUCUUUGAUAGAUCCUGAGCAAUGUGAGAAAGCAGCCCGCCAAGAGUACAAAAAUAAAAUUAUUUUGUCAUUUCA